UUUUUUCAUGUCUGUGGUAAAACGUUUGCCAACAAAAAAAAUAAAUAAAAAAUAGUAAAUUCCACAAUUUAUAAACAAACUAAAAUAUAAUGUUGUUUUAUUCGUUUUUUAAAUCUUUGGUUGGGAAAGAUGUGGUUGUUGAAUUGAAAAAUGAUUUAAGUAUCUGUGGAACUUUGCAUAGUGUCGAUCAAUAUUUAAACAUAAAAUUAACCGAUAUCAGUGUAACCGAUCCGGAAAAGUAUCCGCACAUGUUGUCGGUAAAAAAUUGUUUUAUACGCGGUUCCGUAGUGCGUUACGUUCAAUUGCCGGGCGAUGAAGUCGACACACAACUCUUACAAGAUGCCGCUCGCAAAGAAGCGGUUGUUAGUUCACGGUGAUGCGGCUGUCGUCAAUUUCAAAAUGACCAGGCAAUUUCCAAUUUAUUAUUAUUUUAUUUAAAUGUAAAAUACAUUUUUUUAGAUUGUUUUUUUUUAAUACCUAUUAUUAAACUGUAAAAAUGAAAAGCAACAAAAUGAAAAAUUAACUACUCCUGAAUUGAAGAGUAGAAUUGAAAAUAUGAAAUUACUGUUUUGAAAAUGUAAAAA